AUGAGGGGGUUUGACUACUGUAGACCAGAAGUUGUUGUUGACGGUGCACAGUUUGGUGAAGCUUACAAAGGAACGUUUGUAUCAGCAAGUACGCUUGAUGGUGCAGACGAGAUACCUUGUGCACAUGCAUUUGCUAUUUUCAAGAAGAAAAACAUUAUAGAUAUACAUCUCUACUGCUCAGAUUACUAUAAACUAGUUGCAUUGGCAAACACAUAUGAAGUUCCGAUAGUUUUAAUGCCGGAUAAGGAGGAUUGGUCAGCACCAGAGUUUGUUUUGGAAGAAAUCGUCUUGUCACCAAGAUACAAAAGGCUGGCUGGACGACCAAGGAAAAAGAGAAAGAAAAUUCCACGUGAAAAGAUAAGCACAAACACAAAUCAUUAUGGACGUUGUGGACAUGAAGGUCACAACAUAAGGACUUGUACUUUCUUCCCGAAAGAAGACUGA